GUUUUUUAGCGGAUGGCUUUCAUUCAUGAGUAAGAGAUCUACUACGCCGCACCGUGAAAAACCCGGCCGGUGUCCACAACAGCCUCACUGUUAAAGGACGCUUCAUGGAUGUAUAACCGCAUGUCGCUGUUUGAAGAGCAGAGCGCGAGGAGUUUUUCUUUACCGAUAUAAACCAGGAGUUCCUCAAGAAUUUAAACUGGAGCGAUUUCUCCCUCAGCGAGGGGAGCAGGAUUAAGUUUCUUCAUGCAACUGUUUUGGAAAGAAACUAAGACCAUUUCACCGGGAAACAACAAAAAGAUUAAAGUAACCCUCCCUUAGUAACCUUCUUGCUGCCCUGCCGCUGCAGGUGACACCGCGCGCUCUCUGGUUAUCGCAGGUGCCGCCUUCUCUUUCAGUCCCUCCGGGGAGAUGUACCAAGGGUUCCCCGGCGACCCCGACAGCGGAUCCCGUGGAAGCUCGUCUCCCUCUAUAGAGUCCCAGUAUCUAUCCUCCGUGGACUCCUUCGGGAGCCCGCCCACCACCAGUGCUCCGCAGGAGUGUGUGUCAGCAGGCACCGGCUUGAGCAUUGUGGGCAGCGGGCCAGGGAGCGGUGUUGGAGGUGAGAUGCCCAGUUCAUUUGUGCCCACCGUCACCGCCAUAACUACCAGUCAGGACCUGCAGUGGAUGGUGCAGCCAACGCUUAUCUCCUCCCAGGCCUCUGGGCAGAGUAGCUCCACUGGCACUACCACCAUGACUCAGCCAGUGUCACUGGUGGACCCGUACGACAUGCCGGGACCCAGCUACUCCUCUGGGUCCUGUUUCACUCCUCCCAGUUCAGAAAAUCCAGCUCCAGCUGCGCCGGGCCCCAUCCGGCAGUCCAGGCCCCGCAGCCGCCGUGCACGAGACGAGUCUGUGAGUGAGGAUGGAGAUGUUGGUGUGUUAUUAACACCUGAGGAGGAGGAAAAGAGGCGGGUUCGUCGUGAGAGAAACAAGCUGGCUGCUGCCAAAUGCAGAAACCGUAGACGGGAACUGACAGACAGACUGCAGUCGGAGACUGAUGUACUAGAGGAGGAGAAGGCAGAGCUGGAGGCAGAGAUCUCAGAGCUUCAGAAGGAGAAAGAGCGUCUGGAGUUUGUACUGGUGGCCCACCAGCCAAACUGCAAGAUUCCAUACCAAGAUCCGGCUCAACAGCCUUCAGCGACGCUCACUCAAGUGCAGUCCCAGCUCGCUCCUCAGAACCUGCAACCUCCAGUCUCCAUUGUGGGUUUGACUGUGAAGGAGGACUCUUUCUAUCUCCCUCCUGCCUACACGGCUCACCCGACCCACACACAGCCCCAGCCUCCGGUGCAGCAGCAGCCGCAAGUCCAGCAACAGCUCCCCCAAGCAGGCAUGAUGCAGGAGGUAGAGUUUUCUAGUUCUUUCUACGGCUCAGCUGAGCCAGCCCCUGGUGGGCCAUGCCUCAUGGCCAGUGACAGUGGUGGUGGUGUUAACCAUGACGAUGCUGCCAUUGGCAGUUACAACACCUCAUACACAUCUUCAUUUGUGUUCACCUACCCAGAGGGAGCCUGCGGGGUCAGUGCCAACCAGCGGAACAGCAGUAGCGAGCAGUCAUCUGAUUCCUUGAACUCGCCUUCCCUGCUGGCGCUCUGACUGACCGACAAACAUAUGCAUGCACAAAUUGCCACUAACACACCCCAUGCUCAUUGGAUGCAGAGGCUGACACAAGUACAAUCAUCAGUCUCCCAGAUUGAGGAAAAACAGUAUGCCAAUCAUUUGAAACCUGAUUGGGUGACUUUUCCAGAAAUGCAUUCCUAUAAAGAGCCAUAGAAAAUAAAAAUGCACUUCAGAUUGAACCUUUCAUUAUUGAGCUACAGCAAAUAGUACGUUGUUAUUUUUAUAUUUAGUCGGAUAUUUUGAACAGGGCACGACUGACAAGUUUAAAAAGUGCGUCACAAAAACCUGCAAGCCUUUGAAAAAGUAUUUAAACCCCUUUAACUAUUCUACAUUUUGUCAUGUUAAAUCACAACCUUGAAUGUGUCAAAUUGUAACAGAGCACCAGGAAGUAGCUGAUGAUUGCUGCAUAACAUUAGACUGAUAUGCACUAAUUUUUAGCCCCACUGAGAAAAUUAUUUUAUUUUUUGGUCUUUUAUGGUUUCCCUUUGACAGCUUUAUGCUUCAGAAUCAAUGUUUUGUUUAUUGGUCUUCGCCAAAAAAAAAAAAAUGGCUGCUUGGUUUUAACGUGACAAAGAUCUAAAAGUUUCAAGGUGUAAGAGAACUUUUACAAGGGACUGUAUGUUACCAAUCUAAAGUGCUCUGAAUUAAAGAACUAAUUCACAAUGAAUUUUUUUAAAAUUAAAAUACUCUCAUUGAGUAAAGCACAUCUUAAAGCUACACCCCAACGAGCACCAGUGCCCCUACCUUGUUCCCUCUGUCGGUUGCCCUUCUGCUAGUGCUCUUGCUUUCAUUCUUUUCCAUUAUCUUUUUUCUCGUCUUCCUUUUUUGUUGAAUGUAUUUGUGCAAAUCAGAAAAUAAGGGACCAAGGACAAUAUGUUCGGGGUCUUUUCUUGUGGAAGACAGACCGCUCGCUCGCUCACUUGUAACCCUUCAUUUGCUCGGCUGCUCUAUAUGCUUCUUCAUUUGCUGCUUGGACUUGGCAAGAUGAGGAUCUGAGUAUCACAGCCUCUUUUAAAUCUUGUGCUUUAUGUAAAAAAAAAAGAAAAAGAAAAAAAAA